UCGUGCCCAAUGGAGGGAAGAGGAAGAGGCCCCUGUUUCCGCUUCCGGGCCGCCCUUCAGCCCAGGGAGUUGUGAGAGGGGGAAGGACUCGCCUGCUGCCGGAGCCGACGCCGCCAUUAUCAUCCUCGCGAUGCCCAAAGGAGGUAGGAAAGGGGGCCACAAAGGCCGAGCACGGCAAUACACAAGCCCAGAGGAGAUCGAUGCCCAACUCCAAGCAGAGAAACAGAAGGCCAAGGAGGAAGAGGAGGAAGAGGAAGGAGGUGACGGGGCAACAGGUGAACCCAAAAAGAAGGAGAAAUCGCUAGAUUCAGAUGAAAGCGAGGAGGAGGAAGAUGAAGACUACCAGCCAAAGCACAAAGGAGUGGAAGGCAUGAUCGACAUAGAGAAUCCCAAUCGUGUUGCACAGACGGCCAAAAAAGUCACUCAGAUAGACAUGGAGAGCCCCAGGGAAUUGUCGCGAAGAGAGCGGGAAGAAAUUGAAAAACAGAAAGCGAAAGAGCGAUACAUGAAGAUGCAUCUCGCUGGCAAAACGGAACAGGCCAAGGCCGAUCUCGCCCGGUUAGCUAUCAUCCGGAAACAGAGGGAAGAGGCAGCGAAAAAGAAAGAGGAGGAGAGGAAAGCUAAAGACGACGCAACUUCGACAGGCAAAAGACUGCAGUCGCUGUCCCUGAACAAGUAAGUGCCGGCCGCCGGAGAGGAGAGGGGAGCUUGCAGGGACGCUGCCUGGCCGGCCACCCCCCCGCCGGGCGCUCUGCCGCACCCCAACCCGCACGGGGAGGCCGCACGGGGAAGCGCACCGCGUGCCGCGGGGCGACGUCUCCACACUUUUAAAGAGACACUGACAGCAACACGUUUGUCUUCUUCUUCUUCUUCAUCUGGGCACAGGAUUCCAUGGGGAGGUUGGGCGGGGGCGGUGGGGUGGGUUGUGGGAGGCAAUGGGAGGAGGGCUGGGUUUGGGGAAAUAUUAAUCUGUUUUGGUGCAGCAUCGCCAGGGAACCGUAAUUCUCCGUUCCUGGUCGGACACCGUAAACACAGAACGGUUUCAGAUCGGAGAUCUCAUAAUCCCGGGGAGAGGCGGGAGGGUACCUUUUGGCAAGAAACUUGGGCAAAAACCUAUAGUUGGUAAUAUUGACAGGUAUAGAAAGACAGACACAAUUCCAGUAGUUUUGGCAAGAAACUUGGGCAAAAACCUAUAGUUGGUAAUAUUGACAAGUAUAGAAAGACACAUUUCCACAAUUCCAAAGUACUGGGGGCUGUUUGUGGAUCUGACCGCAGAGAGGCCCAUAGUAAACAAAGCCUUAUUAUGUGGCUAUUUGGGUCUCUACUCCCACUUUACAUCCUCCCUUCGCCUAUUUUGUUUUUCCAAAGCCAUCCCAAAUUGUGUUCCUUCUCCUCCCAAAAAAAAGGGGGAUAGUGGCUUUUUAACCGCAAAACAAAACCAGAGAACUCUUUUCUCGAUUGUGUGACCUUGUUGGAAGAGAUUCAAAUUGGAAGCAAAACGUGUAUAUUUGGCUGAAUAAAGUUUAAAUUAUCGUAAA